CUAUCAAUUUUGGUUCGGGUUUGGUAUUACACUUUCAGAUCAAGAUCGGUUUCGUUCUUCAGAUUUUGUUUUUUUUUCAAGCACUAAUAUUAACAUAAAAAACAAGUAGCAAAAUAUUUUUGAAAAAUACAUCCGCGCGGGUGCGCGGGUCAAAAUCUAGUAUCUAAUUAAGAUGGGAACAUAACCAUACUUAAUACAAUUUUAAUUUAUUUUUCAUUCAUAUAAAUUAUAAAAUAUUUUUUUAUAAACAAGUGAAAAUGAAAGGAAAUAUUUACCAAUUAUAUAAUUAAUUAUUUUAUAACUAUUUAUAUUCAUGAAUGAGUAUGGGAGAAUCACCUAGUAUAAGACAAUUCUGAAUUAGCGCGUCGUCAAAAAGACUCUUUAUUUUGAAAUUUGUAAAACUCUAUAUUUAAAAUCUUAAGAUGUUCUUCUCCAAAACAAAAUCUUCAAACUUAACUUUAAAAUAAUUUGUAUUUUACAAUAUGGAUAAUAUAUUUGUCAUAAUUAAUAUAAAUCCAUAAAAUAGCACAUUAAUAAAAAAAAUUCCCUACUUCUCUACUUUUUUUUCUUACUAAGUUUUUCUGCAUUUGAUAAUUUUUUCUGAAUUGACCUGGAAUUAUUGUGUCCUAAACUCCUAAUGCUCUUUCAUAUAGUUGAAAAAAUUUGAAACUCAAGGGUUUAAUAAAAACAUUUAAGGAACUUGGCUUUAAGUGAAUUAGUAGUUGAUGCCUUAUGUUUUAUAUGUUCUCUCGAGCUCGUCUUUCAUAAAGAUAUAUUUAUUUCUGUUUAAAAGAUUUUUUUAAAAAUGUAGUAAAAAUAUAAAUCAAUCAAAUGGAACUUAAAAUACAAAGAACAAAACACAAGACUGAUUGGUAAAAUUUCAAAUUAAUGACUUUUUAAUUAUCUGAUAAAAGUUCUGACAGUGAUUAAAUAAUUAUACCUAAGAUGAAUGGGUAAAAUUAAGAACUUCAUGACACUCUUGUUAAUUAUGUUUAUCUACAUUAUUUUUUGACAACACAUUAAGUUUCUGUUUUUUGUAACAAACGAAUUGAGUUUCUAUAGUACGUUAAAGUUGUGAUAAUUUUUUUUUUGUUACAACUAAGGGCCAUUAUUUUUCGAUUUAUUUAGGCGCUGUUGAACUCUGGACCGACACUAAUUUAUGAACACAUUUUUUUAAUUAUAAUUAUAUAUUUAAUCGAUCCGAGAAUUCUGGAAUCAGAUACGGUUACAAGUUCGCGAAUGAAUAGGAAUACUUUUUCGGUGUACUGAUAAAUUUAUCACCAGUUUUAGGCAACAUUUUCCAUUUUAUCACCAGUCCCUAAUAUUUUUAACUGUAUGUUUCUGUAAAGAUGUUAUAUAACAUUAGUUGAAUCUUUUGAGAAUUUGGAUAUGAACUCAAGACAUUUAGAACCUAACACUUAUUUUGUGAGACAGAAAAUCAAUGGUUUUAUUCGUUCUUGUGGAUCUUUACUUCACCAAAGUUUUUUUUUUUUGUGAAAAGGGACUUCACCAAAUUUUCAUAGGGAAAUGCCGUAGUUUAGUUUUUAUUAUUUAGUAUGUAAGACUUUAGUGUCUUCGUGCGUGUAUGAAGGUGUCAGUGAUGGCCAGCUCCAAGAAUAGUCUAAUCUUUAGUGGUCGAAAAUCUAUAAUUAAUAACGUAAAGGAACAGUUAAUAUUAGCUCACACGAGAUUGACGUAUGAUUAACGACGGCUCAUAAUACCAUAAUACCAUGAUCCAACCUAUUACUAGAAAAACACAACCACUUAAUUUGAGUAUUUUAAAAAAACCGAUUCAUGCCAUCUCAUUUGACUCUUCAAUCUCUGGGUAUAUUGACCUAGCUAUUGAAAGCUACUUGUGUGGAGAACUCAUAAUCGUAGACUUUAUAUGUGAUUGUAUUUGUUAAUGGUUUACAUGCAUUGACUGACAUGAACCCCCGGGCUCGCAUUAUAAAUAGGCGCAAAAUGGUACGAUUCAAACAUAUCAAAAAACUCAAGUAUAACAGAAAGCCUUUAGUCAAAAAAAAAAAAAACUCAAAGUAUAACACAAAGAAAACCACAUUAUAACGUCUUCUUUAUUAUUUCAUGAAAAUGUCUGAGGUUAGGAUGUUAGCAUUAUCACCAAUGUUGAUGUUACUUCUCAGCCUUCUAAUGGCGUCCUUCUUCGACACCACAGCUGGACAAAUCGGAGUAUGCUACGGGGAGUAUGGAAAUAACCUACCAAGUAAUUCGGAAGCUGUGGCUAUGUACAAGCAGUACAACAUCCGGCCAAUGCGGAUGUACGGUCCCAACCCUAACGCUCUCGACGCUCUCCGUGGCUCCAGCAUCGAGCUCAUCCUCGACGUUCCCAAUGGCGACUUACAACGUAUCGCAGAUAGCAAAACGGAGGCCAGCACAUGGGUCCGAGACAACGUCCAGAAGUACAACGAUGUCAGUUUCAAGUACAUCUCGGUCGGAAACGAGGUGAUGCCCAGGGGCCCAGGUGGGGCUGGGACGGUUCUCUUCCAGGCUAUGCAAAACAUUGAUAAAGCGCUUUCCGAAGCAGGCCUUAGUAUCCCGGUCUCCACGACUACAUACAUGGGAGCCUUCACGGACACGUAUCCUCCGUCGCGCGGAAGAUUCAGCGACGAGUAUAGGAACUUUCUCCAACCGGUGAUAGGUUUCUUGGUAAGCAAGCGAUCUCCUCUGCUCGUGAAUAUCUACACUUACUUCGGCUACAAGAACGGCGACGUCUCUCUAGAGUUCGCUCUAUUUAAACCGAGCAAUAAUGAAUUCAAUGACCCCAACAACCAGCACCAUUACCAAAACCUCUUCGACGCCAAUCUCGACUCAGUUUACGCGGCAUUGGAGAAAUUGGGCGGGGGAUCGUUGGAAGUCGUGGUGUCGGAGAGCGGUUGGCCCACGCAGGGAGGGCCCGGGGCAAGCGUGGGGAAUGCGGAGGCUUAUAUUAACAAUUUGAUACAACUAUUGAAUCACAAACAAACCUUAAUAAGAAGUCCUUCUCUUAUUAAACACUCAAAGCUCAAAUCACAAGAUCACUUCACACACAAAUCGUGAGUAGUGAAAACACAUAUGCAUCUCUAUAUAUAAGACCAACUAGAUCCUAAUCCUACUCAAAACAAUACUUUCAAUAUUUCCUAAUUUCUUUUAGAUAAACAUAACUCAAAUAGGAAACUUGUAACCUAAGAUAUCUUCAAGCUUAUCCAACAUUCUCCCCCUUAAGCUUGAAUUCAUCUUCACUUACAUUUCGAACUCCGACAAGUCUUCUCAUCUCCAAGAACUUAACUCGGCCAAGUGAUUUUGUCAAGAUAUCUGCUCUUUGCUCAUUUCCCGGAACAUAAUCUACUUGCUCAUUCUCAACACACUCAUGUAUAAAGUGAAACCUUCGAUGUAUAUGUUUGCUUCGCCCAUGGAAAACCGGAUUUUUCGUCAGUGCAAUGGCUUAUUUAUUAUCCACUCGUAUUGUUACCUUCUUGCUUGAC